GACGCACACCUGAAACACGGGACCUGCUCAGUUUGUGUUUGGAGAAUUCGCUCAACUCUGAGUUCACAAGUCGCAGGUCAUGUCUCGCGACAGAAAAACUGACUCCUUGCUCCAACCUGGCCGAGGCCACACCCCCUCGUACGGCAUUAACGAACAGGAAGACAGCAUCAAUGACGAGAAGGAGGUGGAGGUGCGUCACUCCACCGACAGAGUCUGGACUGUGGCCGUGUUCUCCCUCAUUGCCUGUCUGGGUUCGGUGGUGAUUGGGAUGUCCCUGGGAUACAGCACUAAUACCCUGGCAGAGCUGUCGACACUCUACAACGGAGGUGACGACGUGUAUGGAAUUGAAAAGGGCAGCACUGAAGCCAGUUUGUUUGGGGCGUUUGGUCCGCUGGGGGCUCUAUUUGGAGGACCAGUCGCGUGGCCUCUCUCCGAGAGGUUUGGUCGUAAGCCAGUGCUGCUGCUGGGCGCCAUACCUGGAGUGGUAGGCUGGGUGGCCAUGGCCGUCAGCAACCUCCUACCAACAAGGGACGGAUUUCUGGCCUUUUUCUACAUCGGGCGAAUAUUGUCAGGGUUUGCAUCCGGGUGGAGCAUCUUCUGCAUAUCAGUUUACAUAACGGAGAUAUCCACGCCAAAGUUGCGGGGGCUCUUUGGAAACUGCAACCAGCUCUUCAUCACGGUCGGCAUCUUCACCGUCGAGGCCCUCGGGUUCAAACCCAGCUCCUUCCUCAAGUUCACCGACGUUGCGCUCAUCGCCGCAGGAGUCUUGACACUGUUUGCCUUCCUCCUACUCUUUGUCGUGGAGACUCCGUCCUGGCUGUACAAAAAGGGAAUGGAUCUGGAGGGGAAUCGAACCUUGAACUUCCUCCGUGGCCCAAAUGCCAACAUUCCGAGAGAGAUUCGCGGGAUUAGGAGCAUGGUCGAUAACGCCCAGAGUUUUACAAUCGUGGACCAGCUGAAGGCAUUCAAGAAUCGCUGGGUUUACCUUCCUUUUAUCCUCGUGUUGGGUCUCAUGUUUUUCCAGCAGUUCAGCGGAAUAAAUGCUGCAAUCUUUUACUCGUCGCAGAUUUUUUCCGGUGCCAAGGUAUCUAACCCAACCCUCAUAUCUCUACUGGCGGUCGGUCUAACUCAGAUCUUUGCCACGUUUCUGAGUGUUGUGAUGGUCGACCUGCUUGGACGGAAGAUCCUACUCACUCUUAGUAGCAGCGGCAUGUUCAUUAGCAGUGCCGGUCUCGGCGUCUAUUUCCUCAUCUUCAAUCACUACUGCGAGAGUGAACUUGGAAACGGGGAAGGCUCGGGUAUUGCACUGAGUGUCUGCCACCAUACCAACUUUGGAGGUCUCGCCAUUGCCUGCGUGGUAGUGUUCAUCAUUUCCUUCUCCCUCGGUUGGGGUCCCAUCACCUGGUCAAUGAUGUCGGAACUAUUACCGCUACAGGUCCGUGGCCUCGCGGGUGCCGUCAGCACCUUUGUCAAUUGGACUUUUGCGUUUAUCAUCACCCUGGCAUUUUCCGGCUACACUGGACUGGUGACGCCAAAGUUUGCGUGGUGGUCGUUCUCGCUCGUGAUGCUCGUGAGCAUUUUCUUCGUGUUGUUCUUCCUCCCCGAGACAAAGGGUCGGAAACUGGACGAGAUUGAGGAGCAUUUCAGGGAGGGCCACAUCAUCUACAACCCUUGCAAGAGAGAGCGGCGAAAUUAGUGAGACAUCUAACUCGACCGUGUGAAAAUUAUACACCGAGUUCUCUGAGUAAUGUUGUGUGUAUGGUGACGUUGUGGAUGAUUAUGAUAAUUUAGUGUGUUCUCCGGUCUGUUACGUACAAAAUUAUGAUAAUGAUGUUUUUCUGAUCUUGAACUGUAUUACGCUGAGCUGCGAGAGUGGCAUUGAAUAAGUGCAGUAAACUCCGAGAGACAAUCAUCUUUACUGAGAUGUGGCUUGGACGAUACACAAGUGGAGUAGGCUGAAACCUCGCUCUGGCACUUCUUCAAGGUCUCGCCGCUGGCCCUGAGCUUUAUUCGAGCUCUGUCCAGCGGAGUUCUGCAGGUCUCGAAGCUGGCGAAACGACUCGUCAAAUAGACGUUAUUCAGACGAAGAGGCAUGUUUCCGCUCUGAUCUGCGCCUACAA